AUGGGUAAAUGUCGUUGCAAACGUUGCGGAAAUAUACGUGGUGAGGAUCACGCUUGCUUUAUUCACAAGAAAUUUGACUAUAGGUAUUCAAUACAACAGCGAGCAGAAUCAGAUGACAACCUUGAUGAAGGAAAUGAUAAAUCUACGGAAAAUUCGAAUGACGAUUCUCAGAAUUUAAGUCGAGCUUUUGGACGAAAGGAAAGUGAAAGAACAGAGCUCACAAGUUUGUCUCUAUUUCAAAAUACUGAAAGAGACAUUUCUACGAGAUCUGCAGUGAGCUCCAACUAUGUACAACUAAGGAGUCCUUCUGAUAGUUCACAUUUUCAUUCCAUUUCAGAUUUUCAAGCGAUUCAAGUCCAAACAAAUCAAAAUGCAUCUUUUAGGGAUUCUUCUAUUAAUGCUGAACCUAAUAACAGACAUGAAAAUGAUUUUAUCGAAACCUAUAACAGAGAUCAAGCUGCUGCCGGAUCGAGUGGUAUUGAUAUACAAAAUCAAAUUGGAUCAAGUGGAUCGGAUCUGAUGCAUGCAAAACCUGAUGAAGAAUGCAAAAUGUAUCUUGAAGAGAGCAAAUCGCAGUCUUUGAAAAAAGAUAAAAAGGAUUUUAUGGAUGUCCUAGAAUAUGUUAUCAGAAAUGCUCUUUCAGAUAAUAACAAUAUUUCUGGAACUGCGAAUUCCACUAUGAACCCUGAUCUUCUAUCAGGCAGUAAGGAGCCGAAAAGUGGCAAAAGGCAAGUGUCAGAAGUUGUAAAUGAGGAACAUAUUUCACACGAAGUGCACUCUGAGGUUCACAGUAAGAAGACGAAGGUGGCCACCUACGUGAAGGAACCUCAUUCUACCAAAAAAGAUGACAAUGCUGUCGCUGGGCCUUCUGGAAUCUCUCCCCGUAAGAAGAAUUUCCCUAAGACCUUCAGUAAGAAAGAUACUCUUAAACCGAAUUAUAAAACACACACUGGCAAUGAGCCCUUUACGUGCAUAUGUGAUAAAAAAUUCUAUUUUAAAUCAGAGCACGACCGACAUUACAAAACGCACACUGGCGAAAAGCCUUAUGAAUGCGUUAUAUGCGGGAAAAAAUUCAGUCGGAAUGAUCGUCUCAUCAUCCAUUAUCGAGUACAUACUGGCGAAAAGCCUCAUGUGUGUGAAUUUUGUAAUAAAGGUUUUUCUCAAAAGGGUAAUCUUGAAAUACAUGUAAGGACGCACACUGGAGAAAAGCCUUAUGAAUGCGUUAUAUGCGAGAAAAAAUUCAGUCGGAAAUCAUAUCUCAUCAUCCAUUAUCGAGUACAUACUGGCGAAAAGCCUCAUGUGUGUGAAUUUUGUAAUAAAGGUUUUUCUCAAAAGGGUAAUCUUGAAAUACAUGUAAGGACGCACACUGGAGAAAAGCCAUAUAAAUGUCCAUCUUGUGAAGAGUCUUUCAUGAACAGCAGGGAUUUUAAAAGUCAUCACAAAAGAAAGCACGAGUGA